AAUAACGCCGGGAGGACACGGGGAAGGGCGUUCCGGUGUCGUUAGCCGGGGUUCGGCUGUGCUCCCCCCAGGGCCGGAGGAAAACUCUCCUUUUCCAGCCGGCAGUAAGGCGCCGCGGGCGUGUGCGCGCCCUGAGCGCCUGGCGCAGGUGCGCCUUAUAGCCGGCAUUGCGCCGGUUCGCUUCCAGGCUCGUCCCACCCGAGUCUGUUCUGGAAGCGGGUGCUGUUCCUCGCGUUGGUACGGUGAAACGCUUCGGUGUUACAGUGCUUGACAGCACUAGGCCGGUGUAAGAAACAAGCUCUUUAUCAGAACGCAAACAGUUCCUGCCAGUUCUGUGCACUGUUUUAGAAAGAAGUUAAAAAUUCUCCAUCCUAGUCCCAUAAACAAAUGUGAGUGUCCUACAGGUUAUGCAAACGUGAACUGCACAGUGAGUAUUCUUUUUAAUAGGGAUAACGAAGUUUAAUACUCCAGGCCAUAGGAAAGAGUCACCUCCAGUAAACUCUGUAAAUCUCCCAAAGAAAGCGGGGUUAUGAAUUUGUGCUGCGUGCGUCUGUGUGUGUAUGUCACUGAAACCGUCUGUUCCAGUGGCACGACGGCUGAUUUUAGCCAGAUUUGAAAGAUAGAAACGACCAAGCUAAAUGUUCCAAAACAUGCAAAAAAUAAACAGCUGGGGAGAGGUGGAAGAUCUGAAAUCUGUACCCUGCUGCAGGAAAAGCAGGCAGAAAUUAGUCCUUAUUUGUUCCUUCUAGCAGUGGGUAGCUGGGUAAUUGCUGUAUGAAGAAUUACAGAUUAGCCAUAACGGCAAAAAUGAACGUAGGAGUUGCCCACAGCGAGGUAAAUCCAAACACGCGGGUGAUGAACAGUCGAGGAAUGUGGCUGACAUACACGCUUGGAGUCGGCUUGCUGCAUAUUGUCUUGCUCAGCAUUCCCUUCUUUAGUGUCCCUGUUGCAUGGACUUUAACAAAUGUGAUUCACAAUUUGGGAAUGUAUGUGUUUUUGCAUGCAGUUAAGGGAACUCCUUUUGAAACACCUGAUCAGGGGAAAGCUAGGCUACUAACGCACUGGGAGCAACUGGAUUAUGGAGUACAAUUUACAUCUUCAAGAAAAUUCUUCACAAUCUCUCCUAUAAUACUGUACUUCCUGGCAAGUUUCUACACGAAGUAUGAUCCAACGCACUUUAUCCUCAACACGGCCUCUCUCCUGACGGUGCUCAUCCCCAAGCUGCCGCAGCUGCACGGUGUCAGAAUCUUUGGCAUCAACAAGUACUGAGCAGAAGGUCCAACGCCGACCGGCCCCGGCACCGCCGCUGCUUCUCCUCCGCGGAAGGAAACGAGUAGGCUGCUGCUGUGCCCGUUACCUAGUAAUACUGCGUGAGAGAUGCUUUUACCUCCUAGGUCCGAUUACUACUACUUGCAACGUUGCCUGGAAUGAAAGCUGAAUUUAUAAAAAGAUGCCUCCAAAUACUUAAAUGUGAAUUGGAAACCUCUGGAAGAAAGAUUUCCAUGAGGAACUGGGUAGGCCAGCUCUAUAGCGUAACCAACACCAAGACGGUGCAGGUGUCUGGCUGAUGCAAGUGACUGGUAGAGGAGGUAUGAAUAACUGUUGAAAUGGAGAGCAGUGUUCCACAGCCACCCAAUCAACCGUGGUACAAAUGGUAACUUAAUAUUUAAAUCCAGAAUCCUUAACUUAAAGGGCUGGCGAGGCUGCAUUCUUGGAUUACGUAGAAGUAGCUAGUUACUGCUUUUUGGAUUGUAAAUGGUUUGGUUUUGUUGUUGCAUGGGAAGAGUUUCUCUCGGUAGAUACUGCGACAGCUACUAUAACCUGACAGUAUAAUCAAUGCCUUAUUUGCUCCUGUGAUCCUUGUCACGAAGAAAGUCCUUAACUGUCAACUCAGGGGAUUUCUACGUCAACCUGAUCAGCUCAACUUACCUAUGCUUCUACAAAUUGCCAAUGUUGUUUUUGUUUCAUUUUUGCUUUCCAGAAAAAAAUUGUCAUUGAUUUUCUAUGUGUAAAUGAGUGGAAAUUUCUUUUAAGGUGUGGAUAUUUGACUAUUUUCUCUGGUACUCACGGAUUGUAAUUCAGUGGGGGAAUGGUCGCUGCUGUUGUAGGAGAAGCAGCUCACUUAGAGAAUAACAGUGUUAAAAUAUGUAAGAGGAACUGUGUAGGUCAUAAGUUAGAUAGAAGUCCAACUAGAAAUAGGUGAGUAGACAAAUCGUAUGGCCUAGCUGUAUGCAUCUGCAGAAAAAGAUACAAAUAAUUUGCGUGUCUUGGAAAUGUGCAGGAAUGCAGCGUUUUAAGGGUACAGUGUGGUACUGAGUAAUCUUGUAUAUAAUCGGCUCUGGAACUAGAGCGAAGUAGGUACAUCUAGAGCACCAAGCACUUAUUUCUGUAUCUUGCCGAAAAAAGGUGAUUUUUUUAAAUCUACCGAGUAGCUGCCAACUGAAAGCAGAUUAGAUGGAUAGAAGCCUCCAUUCACGACUUCAAAGGUGACUUUUUGGUUUCCAGUAUCAUGGCCCUGAUACACGUUUCCGGUUGCAGUGACAGCCUGUGAGGAAGAGAGAACACAAAAACCCCCAAACACCGUGGUGUAUUUCUUUUGAUGUUAGAGAAUCUUCAGAUCACUCGUCUGAAAAAGACGCUGUUGCAAAAAACUCUUUAGCAAUCGGAUUUACUUAGAAGUCAAUAAAGUUUGAAGUUAUUUGUACGCCAA